CAAAUAACAAAAUUGAAAAUUGUAAUUUAAUUGUAUUCAAUGAAUUAUAAUAACUUAUUAUAUUCAUUAAAUAUCCACAUAAUAAUAUAACAAACAAUUUGAAUUACAUUAAUAAUUGAAAUUGGUGUAAAAAUUGGGAAAGAUCUGGAAUAGAACUAUAGUCGGGUGAAGUUUAAUUAGUGAGUUUGAAUAUUGUGAUUUGAUAGUGUAUACACUCCCAAUGAAAAUAGAGAAGAUGAGGAUUUUUGCUGUUAUUUGUAUCGUGUCGUUGAUCCAGUUUUGCCGAUGUGAACCAUUAUCGGUGGAUGGAAAGGUGUUGAUACUCGAUGAAUCCAACUUCGAUUCCGCCAUUUCUUCCUUCGAUCACAUCUUUGUUGACUUCUACGCUCCAUGGUGUGGCCACUGCAAGCGUCUCUCUCCCGAGUUAGAUGCAGCCGCGCCUGUACUUGCAAAGUUAAAGGAACCUAUAGUCAUUGGAAAAAUAGAUGCAGACAAGUAUACCCGUCUUGCAAGAAAAUAUGAUGUUGAUGCCUAUCCAACCGUUUUGCUGUUUAAUCAUGGCAUCCCCACUGAAUACCGUGGACCAAGGAAAGCUGAUUUACUUGUUCGUUAUCUAAAGAAAUUUGCUGCUUCUGAUGUUUCCAUUCUCGAUUCAGAUUCUGCUGUCAAUAGUUUUGUUGAAGAAGCUGGCACUUUUUUUCCAGUAUAUAUAGGUUUUGGAUUGGACAGUUCGAUGAUUGAAAAGUUUGCCAUAAAGUAUAAGAAAAAUGCAUGGUUCUCGGUGGCAAAGGAUUUUUCAGAGGAUCUCAUGAUAGUUUAUGACUUUGAUAAGAUUCCUGCAUUGGUUUCCCUUAAUCCACUGUACAAUGAGCGGAACACAUUUUAUGGCCCCUUUGAAGAUGAAUUUUUGGAAGACUUUAUAAAACAAAAUCUCAUUCCUUUGGCUGUGCCUGUUUCCCAUGACACACUUAAGUUGAUGAAAGCUGAUGGUAGGAAAAUAGUUUUGACUAUUGUGGAGGAUGAAAGUGAAGAAAGAUCAAAAGAACUGGUUAAGUUAUUGAGGGCUGCUGCAUCUGCAAACCGUGACUUAAUAUUUGGCUACGUUGGAGUUAAACAGCUGGAAGAAUUUGCUGAUAAAUUCGAUACUAGUACUAAACUACCAAAAAUGGUCAUUUGGGAUAAAAGUGAUGAUUAUCUUUCAGUUGUUGGUUCAGAAAGCAUUGAGGGAGAAGAUCAGGGAACACAAAUAACUAAAUUUCUAGAAGGAUACAGAGAAGGAAGAACUGUAAAGAAAACACUCAGUGGGCCAUCACUGAUGCAAUUUAUCCAUAGAUCUUUUGACAUUAGAAUGGUGUACAUCUUUGUUUUUGUGGUUGCAGUGGUAAUUCUUAUUCAAAGCUUAAGUAAAGGAGAUGAUAGUGAUGAAUAUCGGAGAGUACCAAACCAAGAUAGUAAGGUUAAUCAUCCAAGUAGUUCUAUCUCAGAAGGGGAAAGCAAAGAGUAUAAAGAAGGUGACAAAGAAGACUAAAUUAGUUUAUAACAUAUACAAUGACCAUCACUUAAUUUAGCUGGCUUUAGAAUUACUACCAUGCCUUUUGGUGUGUGUAAAUAUUUUAGAGUCUUGUGUAAUUUUCAUAAAUUGAGUACUGUCCAAAGCAAACUUAUUUUGUUAUUUGCACGUUAUCACUAGUUAUUUCUUGACAUGAAGGAAAGGCUUAUUUAUUACUUUCAACGUGGCAUUGAUGAAA